AUGUCACGUCUGAUCAAACUAGGCUUCUCAGGCGUACGGAGUUUCGGUCCGGAUGAAGAGCAACGCCUACGCUUCCAGGCGCCGAUAACCGUCAUACUGGGGGCGAACGGCACCGGAAAGACUACCAUAGUGGAGUGCCUGCGCUUGGCAACGACUGGCGAGUUGCCGCCGCUCGUCGACAAAGGCGCCGCUUUUGUGCACGAUCCACGUUUGCGUGAAAGCAAGGAAACGAAGGCCAAAAUUCGCCUGCUAUUUGAAGACGCGCUUGGUCGACAGAUUACCGUGAACCGCCAGCUCCAGCUUCGGCUCACAACUGCUGGGAAACAGAGUUUCAGCACCGUGGAGACAAGCCUCAGCAUUCGGGACAAGGACGGACAGCACAUCAAAACCUCAAACCGAUGCAAUGACAUUAAUGCGAUGGCUCCAGCGUUUCUUGGUGUGCGCCAGGCGGUUCUAGAGAACGUGAUUUUCGUUCAUCAAGAAGAGUCCCUAUGGCCGUUGCAAGAUCCGAAGAAAGUCAAGGAAAAAUUCGACGAUAUUUUCGAGGCACGCGGUUACGCAAAAGCCCUCAUCGCGAUUCAGAAGUGUGCGCAGCAGAAGCUCGCCGAACUCAAGAUUCUGCAUUCGGAACUAGAGCGUUGGCGGGAUCGCCUCGAAAACCUGAAGCAAAAGCAACGAAACUGUCGAAGCAUGCAAGCCCAAUGCCUCGAAUGGUCGAAUUCGCUGGGGACCCUCGAAACGGAACUGAGUGAGAAAAUACGAGCGGUCACAGAGCUUGAGGAAGCGCGUGCAAAGGAGGUCGAACGGCGCCGGCAGUUGCAGGCGCUGCGUGACGAAAUCCGAAUCCGGACUGAGGAACGUGAUCGUUUAUGGCGCGAACUCGGCAAAGAACUCACGGAAACAACCCAAGAUCUGGAGCGACUGCUUACUCGCAUCACUGCUGAGUACAGUCAAGUUGAUGCUGAGUACAGAAAAGCAUCCGAGGAGAGCUUGCAGUUGCAAAAGCAGUUACAGCUUCUGCGGGAUCGCGAGCAGCGUCUCCAAGAGGAAUGCGCUGCUUACAGCUGCCAACAGGCAGCCAUAGAGCGGCAGCGUGCAUCAUGUGCUGAAUUGCUGCGGGAAAUCCGGAAAAGCCAUUCGAUUGAUGGCACGGACAUAGGAGAAGGAGCCAUUGAGCGGAGUGCCAAGGAUCUAAUCCAUAUCCUGGAGCGUUCUCGCAAUGACUGCGAACGGGAAAUGGAGCACUUCAAGCGCCUCUGGGAGGAUGCACUCCAGCGUGAACAAAAAUUGAAGCUCGAACUGGAAUCCGAUCAGCGUCAGGCGCAGCAGAUUCGGAACGAAAUCGCCACUCUGGAGGAAGCAUGCGCGGAAACCGCUGCACGCUUGCAGUCGCUCCCGAUGAAUGUCGAGAUUGUGGCGAUGAAAUCGGCGCUUUUAGUCCAGUUUCAGGCAGAAAAGCAGCAGGUGGACGAAGAGCUUUCGAACCAGACCGACAUGGACCGAAUGUCUACUAUUCGGAAACGUCUUGAACAAAUUUUCGAAGUACGCACGAAAAACCUGGCCUCUCGUCGAAAUGACGUGACGCACACGGCUACUCGUGGUGACACGAAUGCAAGCGCGAUAGCCGCGGCAUUCCAAAAGUUUCGCGAGGAAGAGGAAGCAUCCAUUCAACGAUUACUGGAGCAGAGGCGGCUACCAUCCUGCUCCGUUUCCGAAGCGCAAGAUCGUCUCGCCUCCGCCGAACGCAAUCUAUCAGCCGUACGCAAUCGCAUCAUGGGCACGGAACUGGAGAUGCGCUUGCGGCGCGCUAUUUGCGACAAAGAAAGCGAACGGCUGCUCUCGAUGCGCAGCCGCCUGCGAGAAAUCGACGCAAGUGUGCAACCAGGCACAGUGGAUGCAGAGUGCCUCAAAUCUCAAAUUUCAGCGCUGAAACGUCGACAUCUCGAGCUGGAGAGCACAGCCCUAGAACGUGACGGACAAGCGAAUUGGCUCGAAGAAAUGCGCAAGCGCGUGCACGAACAGAAAACCUGUCCGCUAUGCGACCGCGCUUUCAGCGGUAUGGCCGAGGCGGCCAAUGUCGAGUCCGCCCUAGCUCGAGUACGAAAUACGUUGACCCAGGCGGCAGACUCCGACUCCUUGGAAUACGUUCAGGAUGCUUUGAACAGGGCGGAGCAUCAGUGGCGUUUGCUGGAGGAGCGUGCUGCGAUCACUUUACAGGAGCAGCGAAGCAUCUCUCGCAUUCGCAGCGCCGAAUCCGAGAUCCAGCGCUUAGAAGAUGCGAGACGGAGCGAACGAACGGAUCAGCAAGUCGCUGAACAUGAACUGGCCGAUGCCCGAGAGCUCCUCUGGUAUGCGCGACGUUUGGCUCAUUUGCGUCAGGAGAUGGCACCAUCGGGGCCCAGCUCGGCAUCCGGAAUCGCAGCUUCGUCGCCGGUAGUUGCAGCAUUGGAAGUCGACACCCGCGAAGCACCGCAUCAACCGACGUCCGCGGGGGACGCUUUGGCAAGAGAAGAGACUUCGUUGCGGGGGGAACUCGACACGCUGCUUGGGCGUCGCCAAGAGCUCCUUGUACGCGCUCAAGAGCUCCAUGAUCUAAUCCAGACCACUGAGAAGGAACUCACUGCGGAGCGCGCCAAGCAGCAUGACCGUGACCAGCUGGAAGCAUGUCUGGCGGAAAAACGCAAACAGCGAUCAGAAAAGCAGGCUUCCCUUUGCGCGUUGGAUCAAAAAGUAGAGGAAGCUCUGUUGCAGGCAGCGCCACCGGCGAGUGCAGCGUUGUUGGCGCGUCUGGAAGCCGUUCGUUCGCGACACCGAGCAAUCCAUACAGAUCUUAUCCGUCUUGAAAACCGACUUCAAGUCUACAUCCAAGAGUCGAGACGAUUCGAAGGUGACGCACACAAACUUGCCCACAAGCAGCUCGAGACCUGCCGCGAGCAAAUCAUACAGACGCUCGCCGAAGAAGCGCAGGCAGUGCAGGUUGUAGCUCAGUGGGCCGGGCAACGCCAGAACGCCGAUUCGUAUCUGCGUCAAGUGCGCGACAACCUUCGGUACCGCCAGUUGCAGGAAAUGCUCGUCGAAUUGCAACAGAAAGACGUGGAGCUAGCAAGCACCCUGCCAAUGACCGAUGAACACGAUCCGCACGUGUCCGCGUUAGAGGCGGCAAAAGCGGAAGCCGAUACGCUCCGGGAAAAAGUUCAUCAUUUGCGUGGUCAGCGUGAUUUACUCGCAGAGCAGUUGCGGGCACUCACCGUGGAACUCGAUGCGGACGUUUUUGCACAAGCGGAGCAACAGUUCCAAGCGCUUCGUUUGCAGUGUGACGUGAUCGAGCUGGUCUGCAGGGAUUUGCGCAAUUACCAUCGGGCGCUGGACUUGGCCAUCAUGCGCUAUCACGAUCUCAAGAUGCGCAGCAUCAAUCGAGUGCUGCGGGAGCUCUGGCAGAGCACCUACCUCGGCUCCGAUAUCGAGGAAAUCGAGAUACGAUCCGACUUUGUGGCGGACUCGCUUCCAAUGGGUCGUCGGACCUAUCACUACAGGGUAGUGAUGCGCCAGGGUGAUACCUGGCUUGAUAUGCGUGGUCGCUGCUCGGCUGGACAAAAAGUGCUCGCAUGUCUCUUGAUCCGCCUUGCGCUGGCGGAAAACUUUGGGAACGCCUGCGGGGUCCUCGCGCUCGAUGAGCCGACGACCAACCUGGACGAGAGCCACGUGAAAGCGCUCGCUGCAUCGCUAUCUCUCUUGAUCCAACAACGUGCACAGCAACGCAAUUUUCAGCUUAUACUCAUAACCCAUGAAGAGCGCUUCCUCGAUUAUCUUCAUAUUCGGGAGUACGCUGACUCGUACAUCUAUGUGACUCGGAACCGGCAGGGCCUGAGUCAAAUCCAGCAUCACUCGCUGAAUGAGACUACCGGGCGCAGGGAAGCCAGCGAGCUGCCGUUUGCGUAUCCCGGUCCACUGGUUGUAACUGCCCGCUGA